GAUGUCUGCGGCGCGGGGCUCCCCGCCGGCCAGAGGGCUCGACGGCGCGGGGAGGACGGGCAGCCUGAAGCGCGCCGAUCUCCCAAAGUCACAACUUGCAAGAUGUUACUCUGUUAUGAUACCCCAUCAUGCAUCCUGCCUUGAUGUCAGGGCUACCAGGCAAUCAGGCUGGAGCGUGGACUUCCCUUAUGGCACGUUGGACCAGGGGAAAAGCAAUCUGCAUGCAGCCUCGUUAGAUGAUGCAGAGUAUCUCUGGCCUAAGGAACUCACUGCUACUGGAAACAGCCAGACUUCAAAACCGGGACGCAACAUUCCUCGGAGACAUACCGUAGGGGGCCCUCGGAGUUCCAAAGAAAUCCUGGGCAUGCAGACCUCCGAUAUGGACAAAAAGAGAGAAGCUUUUCUUGAACAUCUCAAGCAGAAAUACCCUCAUCAUGCCACUGCAAUAAUGGGCCACCAAGAAAGACUGAGAGAUCAGGCUUUGCAGUGCAUGUUGAUCUCCUUCCAUUCAGAACUUGACAUUCAAAGGUACUUGAUGAGAAUUGAAUCCUCUCAGAGAACGAGGAGCCCAAAGCUAUCUCAAAGCCCCCAGCCCAACUUGGGAGAUCAGGCAGAGUAUUUGUCAGAAGCAUCCGCCGACUCUCUCGAAAUCAUGUCCGAAGGAGAGUCCCCUACGCCUUUCUCAAGAGGAAGCCGUACGCGAGCGAGCCUGCCAGUAGUGAGGACAACAAACCAGACAAAGGAGAGAUCGCUCGGCAUUUUAUAUCUUCAGUACGGAGAUGACACGAAGCAGCUAAAGAUGCCCAAUGAGAUCACAAGCACAGACACCAUCCGCGCCCUCUUUGUAAGUGCCUUUCCACAGCAGCUGACCAUGAAAAUGCUGGAGUCCCCCAGCGUGGCCAUAUACAUCAAGGACGAGAGCAGAAAUAUCUAUUACGAAUUAAACGAUGUGAGGAACAUUCAAGACAGAUCUUUCCUUAAAGUUUACAACAAAGAUCCAGCACAGGCUUUUAAUCACAUGCCCAGAGCUGUAAAUGGAGACGUAAGGAUGCAGAGAGACAUCUUUCCAAAUGCUUCUCGGCCAGGAUCUGGCAUGCAUCCUCCACACGCGCUUCCGACCUCUCCCCCUGCUACUCCAGUAACCCAUUCAAUGCCCCCUUCUCCAUCCAGGAUCCCCUAUGGCACUGCCAGGCCAGUCAGUGGUCCUGGCAAUGCCACAAUCCCCAGGGACCGGCUUUCGAACAUGGCGGCAUCCAGACCCAUCUCGCCAAGCCCUAGUGCCAUUUUGGAAAGGAGGGAUGUGAAACCCGACGAGGACCUGAGCGGCAAAAACCUGACUCUUUUUCGGAAUGAGGGACUCUACGCCGACCCAUACUUGUACCACGAGGGUAGGAUGAGCAUUGCGGCUUCGCACACAGGGCACCCUCUUGAUGUCCCCGACCAUGUCAUUGCUUACCACCGUAGCACCAUGAGGUCAUCAAGCACUUACUGUAAUCCUUCUAUGCAGCCCGAAAUUAUGGAGCAAUCGCUGUACCGGCAAAAAUCAAGGAAAUACCCAGACAGUCACUUGCCGACUCUGGGCUCCAAAACACCUCCUGCCUCUCCUCACCGAGGAACCGACAUGCGAAUGAUAGAUAUCUACGCCCAUCACAACACCCAAGUGUCUCCUCACACUCUUCACCUUGACAGGUCAUCGCCUAGUCGCCAGUCCCUUAAAAAAGACCCAGGAACUCCUGUGUUUGUGGAAGGAAAGCCACGAAAUGCAGUGGGGUUUGCUGGCAUGGCUGAGGUAGUUCCAUCAACACCUGAAAAGAAAGCGUUCGGCUAUGGAACAGCUGUGAUACCCAAAGAGACUGAGACAAGAGAAAGGAUGCAAGCUAUGGAGAAACAGAUAGCCAGUUUAACUGGCCUUGUUCAGACUGCGCUUUUUAAAGGGCCAAAUUCAAGUAAUAGCAAAGAUGUUUCUAGUGAGAAGAUGGUGAAAACUGUGUCCAGUAAAAACAGUGCUGAGAAGUCAGGAUCUGCUCACAUAUCCAGUGGGAAGAAUUCAGUAGCAUCUGCUGAGCCUGCCACUGCAAGCGUCAGUCACUCCAUACCGGUGGGCUCCACACCGAUGCAACUCAGCCUCUUUGACAUGAGACGCAACGUGACAGAUCUGCGUCUUCAGUUGCACCAGAUGAGACAACUACAGCUGCAGAACCAGGAGGUGCUACGGGCCAUGGUGAAGAAAGCUGAGCUCGAAAUCAGUGACAAAGUGGUAGAAAGAGCAAAGCGGCUGGAAGAUCCUGUGCAACGCCAGCGCCACCUGGUGGAACAAGAGAGGCAGAAAUAUCUUCACGAAGAGGAAAAGAUUGUCAAGAAGUUAGGUGAGCUUGAAAGUUUUGUUGAAGAGCUGAAGAAGGAAUCUAUGACUAAUAGGACAGUUACUUUGAAAGAUGUUGAAGAUGGAGCUUUUCUUCUUCGGCAAGUUGGAGAAGCUGUCGCUGCCCUCAAAGGUGACUUUCCGACAUUGCAGAAUAAGAUGCGGGCCAUUCUCCGCAUUGAAGUAGAAGCCGUGAGGUUUCUAAAGGAGGAACCCCACAAACUAGACAUCCUUCUGAAAAGAGUCCGUAGCAUGACGGAUACCCUUACCGCCCUCCGGAGAAACGUUACAGACAGCCUGCUGAAGGGGGUGGAUCCCUCCCAAGCAGCACAGUACAGCGCCAUGGAGAAAGCCACAGCAGCCGAGAUCCUGAAAAACCAGGACCAUCCAGUGAGCGGCCUCCCUAGCCCACAGCACAACGUAGCUGAGCCCACCGGUGAACCUCUGGUCAAGUCCGAGGUGGUCCCUGUCUCUACAAUGAAAAUCCUCCAUGUGCAAAGCUCUCCCGUGGUGAUCCACCAGUCUCAGCAUUCAACCGCCUUGGUCAGCCACCCUCAAACGUCUCCCAUGGCAAACAGCCACGUAGUGACCUCACCGGCAUCGAAUCAGCCAACACCCAGCAUGCUGGAGUCUACGGCAGCAACCGCCACCACACCGCAAAUGCAGGUGCCUCACUCGCCCCCUGUGUCGGUCAACGGCUCCACCAUGCAGAGUCUUUUCAUUGAAGAACUCCACAGCGCCAGCACCAGAAACAGAGCUCUGUCCAUUGAGAAAGCAGAGAAGAAAUGGGAGGAGAAAAGACAAAAUCUCGAUCACUACAAUGGGAAGGAGUUUGAAAAACUCCUGGAAGAAGCACAAGCAAACAUCAUGAAAUCCAUCCCAAACCUCGAGAUGCCACCACAAGCUACACCCUCACCCAAAAGUGAUACAACCGAGAAAUUAGAAGUCUGUGAAGAGACUUCUCAUGCCGAACAAGCAACCGAAAAGCUUGUGAAGUCUCCCCCUCCUCCUCCUCCACGUCGCACCUACCUGCUAGGAUCUGGACUGAGCACAAAACUGAGUGAAGUCAGCUACGUGGCCAGGAAAGACACCCCUGUGGUCAAGGAAAACAGUGAAGAUUCUGCUCAAGGAGCACAGCCUAAAGUACCCAAAGAAGAUCAAAUCUCUUCUCAACCCCUGCUGACUGGCACUAUUCCACCUGCAAAGGAAGAAGAAGAAGAGGAAGGCGAGAGAAUAAUGGCAGAAUUACAGGCUUUCCAGAAGUGCUCUUACAUGGAUAUAAAUUCAAACAGUCACGUUGAACUGACCAGAAAUGACACACACACAAAAGACGCAAGGCCAGUGGCCUUAACGCAUCCCAAGGAGAAGAAGGUGUAUGGGGAGGCAUCAAAAGAUAGUGACCACUCCAAGGACAAGCCAGAAGGGAGAACAGAAGAGAUGGGCUUGGGUGCUUCCAGCAUCACAGGAAAUAAAUCUAGCUUUCCAAAGACUGAAAACUUGACCUUCAGCAAAGAUUUGAUUUUGGACAGUAAGGAUUAUGCCAAGCAAAAUUAUCUUAAGCCAAACGCAAGCAUCUCCAGUGUCCAUUUGAUAGAAAAUGAAGGAAAAUGGGGGGUUGAAGGUCCAGCUGUAGAACCUGGAAGGCAAAAACUGAACUAUGGAGUAGCAACUGAGACUGGACAAAGUGCACCCCAAAAUGAGUUGCUGGAAAACACAGGGGCACCUCUUGCCAGGCAAACAGACUUGCAAACUCAAGAGAGUUCCUUAGCUCCUAGAUCAUUGCAGGAGCAAGAAAUGCCUGUUAGUGGUCACAAUCAUAUAGUACUGAGGCAUAAAAUUUCUAGGAACGUUACCUUAAAUAACAUUGAUGAGGUAGAGUCUCCACCUAGCUCUCCAGGUGAAGAAACCCUGCCAUCGGAGAACAUUGCUUUCAUGAUUACCAAAACAGAGGUUCAGGUGCUGUCAAGCGGAGAAGUCCACGAUAUAGUAAAUAAGAAAGGUGAUUAUGUGCAGACUGUUAACAUUGAUUCCAAAAGGGAAAAGGCCUCCCAACAUAAUGUGCUGGAGAAUCCUGAAAGCGACGAUUCAGUUGUUUGCUUGGACAAAAAACCAGUCAUCAUAAUUUUCGACGAACCAAUGGAUAUCAGAGCAGCUUAUAAAAGACUGUCGACAAUCUUUGAAGAAUGUGAUGAGGAACUGGAGAAGAUGAUGGAGGAGAAGAUAGAGGAAGAAGAUGAAGAAAAUGAAGGCUCUGACCCAUGUGAUGCCCAGGCAUAUGCAGUCCCCCAGACAGAGGGCAGUCUGAGGCCUCCCCCUGAUUAUUUAACAAAUCACCGAUUCGAGCAGCAAUACAGACUUCAGACAUCGUCUCGGUUGCCAACCCAACCCAAACUCCUUGAAGAGCAAGACGCAGAUAAGCUGGAUGGCAGGAAAUCUAGUCCUAUUUGUGGGCCGCCUCCUGAAACAAAGCUGGAGGCUGCAGACGCUAAGAAGAAAUUUAAGUUCAAAUUCCCCAAGAAGCAGCUGGCUGCUCUUACGCAGGCAAUCCGCACAGGAACCAAAACGGGCAAGAAAACUUUGCAGGUUGUGGUAUAUGAAGAGGAGGAAGAAGACGGGACCGUCAAGCAACACAAAGAGGCCCAAAGGUUUGAAAUCGCCAGUUCUCGGCCUGACGACCUUUCUGGGAAACAAGACGCGGAGGCUGCAGCCCAAAUCUCCAGGACUGAUGAAAUUAGAAAAAACACUUACAGAACUCUGGACAGUCUGGAGCAGACUAUUAAGCAGCUGGAGAGCACUAUUAGCGAGAUGAGUCCAAAAUCGGUUUCCGAAACCACGUGCCAAUCAGGAGGAGCCCCUGCCCCAGGUUUUUUCCCAACCAAAGAAUCCAUAGUGCUGGAAGAGAAUAAUGCUGAUGUAGAAUCCCCUUCUCCAGCUUCACGUAAGGGUUCAGCCAGCAGUUCACAGACAAGCAGAAUGCCAGUCCCGGCAGCCACCAAAAGUAGGCCACCAGGAACUGUUGACAAACCAAGCAAACCGCACAAACUGCAGGACCAGCGGCAAUACAGACAGGCUAAUGGAAGUGCUAAGAAAGCUGGUGGGGACUAUAAGGCUACUUCCCCUACCCUACCUGCUUCAAAAAUUCCAGCCUUUUCUUCCACCUCUGGGAAAAGUAGCUCUGUAUCUAGUGGCGAUAGCACUAACCUUCUCAGCCCACCUGGUAAAGCCUCUCUUCCUCCUUCUAACCCUCUCAGUCCUUCAACAGGUCGUAGCUCCCACUCUGCUACCUUAAUCCCAUCCGUCUCUAAUGGGUCCUUAAAGCUCCAGAAUCCUACUCAUACAGGUAAAAGUCACCACCAUCUUUCAUUCUCGAUACAGACUCAAAAUGGCCGGCCAACCCCUCUUCCUCCAUCUUCCUUUUCCUCCUCUUCUCCCUCUUCCACCUCUCCCACCUCACUGAACCAAGGUAUGAAGAGCAUCCGGUCCAUCCACACACCCAGCUUCACCAGCUACAAGUCACAGAACGGAAGUGUCAGCAAGCCCAACCCAUCUUCCACCACCACCAAGGAGCCAUCUUAAAAGCUCUAUACUGGCCCAUGCAAGUUCACCAAAGGCUUCCCAGUUUCUGAGGAGAUUGCAACCGAUAUCUUAGCUGAGGAAUGUAUACCAUUUUUUUGCUGUAUCGUUUGAAGCUUAACGCUAAAUUUGUGCUAAAUAUUGGAUAGGUAUUAGAAGUUAGAGACACAAGUAGUUUUGUAAGCAUUCAUUGCUGUCGAAAUGCCAGAGUGGGUUUUCUCUCCCCUGUCCUUUAGCUAGAAGGGGUUACAAACAGAACAGCAGGGUGUGAAUGAAUUAAAAGUAUGUGUGCACAGAAAUGUAUCAAGCAUGAAAAGAAAUGUAUUAUUAAAAGAAAAAAAUUAGUUGUUUUGUAUAAAGCUAUUUUUAAGACCUAAACAUCAUGCGAUAUAAUGCAAAAAAUAUAAAAACCGAAACUAAAAUAUUUUUCUUUUAUUUUAGUGUUAUUUAGAUUUGUUACAGAUUUCUAUUUUUGUCGACAAAAGUUCAUGGUUACUUUAAAAAUAUCUUUUUUGCCAAAACAUUUGAUACUAUAAUGUACAUUUGAUAAAUAGCAUGCUGGACACUUCCUGUACACGAGCAACGAAACUGAGACGGACAUUGAUGUGUACUAGGCAAAUGCACUGCCAUUUGGAUUAUAUUUAAGAAUUUGCAAUGCCAAGUGGGGGGGAGGAAUAAUGGUUUUCACAUUUAGGCAUUUGCUGGUUCUUUUAGCUUCCCUUGUUUUCCAUUCUACUGAGACCUGGGUAAAUCAUGUUGUAUUUCAGUGUGGAUUUU